CUUCUGCCUCUCCUCAGUGAUAUCUCCACAGCUCGGCUGUUUUGAAAGCCAAGAUGGGAAGCACUGCGGCCGAGAAGUCCGUGAUGGGUAUGAUCGACAUGUUUCACAAGUACACCGGGAAAGACGACACCAUCGACAAGCCGGGCGUGCAGAAGAUGCUGAAGGAGAACUUCCCCAACUUCCUCAGUGCCUGUGAAAAAAGGGGCAAAGAUUACUUGUCCAACAUCUUUGAGCAAAAGGACAAGAAUGGGGACAAGAAGAUUGACUUUUCCGAGUUUCUCUCCUUGCUGGCCGAUAUAGCCGUCGACUACCACAAACAGAGCCAAGGAGGAGAGCUCUGUUCUGGGGGCGAUCAGUGAGCCCAGAGGCCUCUAGAGAACCCGAGAAACAAUAAAGUGUCUCUUCUCGCCAGGAA